CAGUCAGACAUGUGACCAGGCGUCAAAUAAAGAAACUGGCUGCAGGAACUUGGGUUUCUAACUCCUGAGCUCUCACAGACCCCACAGGCUCUCGCUUAAAGGAGAAGCUGAGCUUCCCUUGCAGUCUUCAUACAAUCACCUCUGGUGGAAAGUGUAAACACCUGAGUGAUUACUGAAUGGGGACAGGUGUGAGGGGAGAGAGAGAGCAGGACAACCCAGAGCUGGCUGAGGAAGGGGCGAGAGUUAACACAAAGAUCAGGAAGAUGGGCCCUGCACCUGCAGACGUAAUGGGGGACAAACCCCUGGAUGGCGGUUGGGGAUGGAUGGUGGUGUUGGGCGCCCAUAUUUCCAUCGGAUUUGCGUACUCAACGCCCAAAGCCCUUUCCAUUUUCUUCAAGGUGAUUCAAGAGGACCUGGAGGCCAGCUAUAGUGAAAUAGCAUGGCUUUCUUCGAUCAUGCUAGCUGCAAUGUAUGCAGGCGGACCUGUGAGCAGUGUGUUGGUCAGUCGAUUUGGAAGUCGACCAAUCGUCAUGAUAGGUGGACUGAUGUGUGGGGUUUCGAUGGUAACCGCAUCUUUUGGGAGCUCCAUCGUCUAUCUCUAUUUAAGCAUUGGCAUCAUUGGAGGUUGUGGACUCUGCUUUAACCUGAACGCAUCUCUCACCAUCAUCAGUAAAUAUUUCCUCGUCAAGCGACCAUUGGCCAAUGGACUUGCUAUGGCUGGGAGUCCAGUGUUCCUCGGCGUCCUGGCCCCUGUCAACCAAUUUCUUUUGGACCAGUUUGGCUGGAGAGGAAGUUUUCUCAUCCUAGGGGGUGUGAUGCUUAAUUGUUGUGUUGCUGGUGCCUUGAUGAGACCCAUAACUCCUCUUCGUAAACCAUCCUCUGGUGCACUAAUGAAUGGAGUGGAGAAAGGCAACACUAAGCUAAAAGGAAGGCGUAUGAAGAAAUCUAUGAAGUUUGUGGAUUUGACCUUUUUUAAGAAUAGAGGCUUUGUCAUUUACCUCAUAGGAAAUGUGAUGUACAUUUUUGGCGCCUAUGCACCCAUAGUGUUCCUGUCAGCUUAUGCAAUCAGCCAAGGUGUGGAGGAGUAUGCUGCAGCCUAUCUGCUGUCCAUCAUGGGCUUUGUGGACAUGUUCAUUCGCCCUUGCACCGGUUUGUUAGCCAACAGCAAAUUGGUCAGGCCAAGAGUCCAGUACCUCUUCAGCUUCGCCAUAGUUUUCAACGGURCUUGCCAUUUACUGUGUCCCCUGAUGAAGAGCUACCCCUUGCUGGUGGUCUAUGCUGUACUCUUUGGUGUGGGCUUUGGAAUGGUUUUCGCCCUAAUCUUUGAAUGCCUCAUGGACCUGAUGGGAAACCGGCACUUCCCCAGUGCUGUUGGACUGGUGACCAUUAUAGAGUGCUUCCCCAUGCUUUUGGGACCACCUGCUGCCGGGUUUCUGGUGGAUGUCUUUGGUGACUACAAAUACCUGUUCUUCAUGUGUGGAGGAGUGAUCGUGACCGGUGGGCUCUUUCUCUUCAUAUUGAACAUGUACAACUACCACUUGCUAGAUAAAGAGAGUUUGGAAAAAGACAGGAAGCAGAACCAAAUCAGUUCGGAGAACCAGGAUGAGGUGAACAGCUCCGAGGAGCAGAGGGAGCUGAACGAGCCCGUGGCGAUAGAGAUGAACACGGCCAGGCAAGAGCCUGAACUGGAACAUGUACAAGAAACRAAUUGAUCAAAACUACGGACUGAUUUUAAUGACUUACUAAAAUACUUGCCCACGCCUCCAUUAACUUCUUACUGUAGAGGUGGAGUGCAGGCAAACAGACAAAACCUUUAGUCCUAACUACAAAUUGUUAGGUACAUUUACAUUUGGGAUUUUUAAAAUGUGUUUUUUCUUUACUUUGAUAAUGUUUGAUGGGACAUUGGUGGAAGGUGGUCAGAUAUWAAAGUUUAGACCAAAGCACGCGACUCCAAAUUCGAUACAAUAUCCAGACUGCAAUACUAUCAGUAGUAAAGUAAGUAAAGUAAAGUUUUAUUUAUAUAGYGCCUUUCACAGAAAUAAAUUCACAAGGUGCUGUACAUUCAGGUAAGGGGRGAGGGGGCAGUUAMGAAACACCCAUUCAAGAAGACAUACAAGACAAACAUGGGGGAACAUGUGAAACGUGUCAUGCAGCAAACACAGUUGCGCUACGUUUAUGUGCUAGCUUCARGGUAAACAAUGGGUUCAAACAGUUAUAGUUUCAAAAGCACUACAAGUUUUUAUGAAAGCAUUCUUUAAUUUAAAUGCUUUUAAUUACAUGUCAGAGUCAGGGAUAUAGAGAAUCCUCCCACUUCCCAUACGGUUCCUGCAAGCUGUCAGUCAGCUGUGUAUGAUGGCAGAAGGAGGGAAAAYUCCUUAAAUGUUACACCUGGUUUUAAUUAGGUGAGAAAAUAGAUCAAGUAAAAUGCAAUUGUUUAGGUAUCAAAAAACAGACAACAUCCCCUAUUAUUUCUUUCAAAGUAUCCGUGUUUUGACACAAACAUUGCAAAUAAUUACCUAGUUUAAGUUAAUUACCUAGCAAGUUAGGUUCUCAGUUUUAGGUCACAAAAACCAGGAUGACAAAAAUAAUUAAUGUUCAACACAAUAGGUAUUUAUUGUUAUAAAUAAAUAUUGGUAUUUUCAUCAAAUUCAGCUGUAUAAUUCUGUAUUUUUGUCCUGAUCUUCUGUUAUUAUUUUAAAACAACCCUAGUUGACCAAUGAUUGUAAUGAAAGCAAAACUAUCAAUACAUUCAUGGAUGUAUGUAUAUUCAUACAACAUGGGAGUAACCAUGUUAAYAAUCAGAAUAACCAAAAAUAAUUAUUAAAGAUUAAAUUAUGAAUCACUUUAAAUACAUUUUAUUUGUUUGUUUUUAUUAUGUGACAUUGUGGUGUUUUUGCCUAACGUUAUCAGGAACCUGUUAAAAUCUUCAAUCUGUCUGGUUCUGUACAUAUUUAAAGAUUAAACUGCUGCACAUGGGGUUUUUCCAAUAUGUGCUGCUUUAUUAUUUUCUUUAUGUAGGUAAAAAAAAUGUUUAUCAACAAAAACAAAAUCCAAAUCAGUAUUUUAACCACAGUUCACAUUAUUAUCUGCCUGUGAGCAGUUAGAGUAUUGACCAGGAGCAUCUGACUUUGUUCUUGGUGUCUGGUGUUUGAACAUUUUAGYUCUCUGGAAUGUGGGGUUUUGUUUUAAAGUUUUUGUAACUAAUGUUGGGAUUUAUUAAGUGUAUCACUGCAGCAUUCAUUAGAGUGUCAGGAAAAAUGUUAUUAUAAGUAAGUAAGUAAAGUUUAUUUAUACAGCACCUUUCUUAGACAUAAAAUCACAAAGCACUUCACAUAAAAUAAAACAAAAACAAAUUAAAUUAGUAAAUUAAAACAUCACAGCAUUACAUUCAUACGAGAGUACAAGUAGUAAAAAAAAACUUAAUUAAUUGAUGCAUUCCACACAAAAGUGGACCAACUGAUCCGUUUACACCACUUUAUCCACCAGUCAUGAAGUCGGACCUUUGUUUUGUUUGUUAUUGUAUCAGUAAUGACUGUGAAAGGCUGUUGUUUUUUUCAUUGGUGCRGCAAAAUUACAGAUGAUCCUAAGAACCUUUUAGAGUAAAUAUUUGCAACAGAACGUUUACUGGAAUGUGUUCAUAAAUGCAUGUCUCGCUUUCCUUUCUGUGACUUCUUACUYGUCCUAAAUCAACCCAAUCUUUAUUGUGAAAACAUUCAUUCUUCUUACAUGGAUGCGAAGAACCUCCGGGGAACAGUUGUGGGAUCUUUUGAUUUUUCUGUGUUUUUAUUGUGGAAUACCAGCAGGUCUUUAUUUAGCUCAUGCAACACUUUUGUAGCGAGUUUUUCUUACAAGAAUUUAUUGUGACAAAACCGAUUACUUAAUUGUGAUGCUGAAUUCUUUCGUUUUGAUUUUUUUUCAAACUUUUGUCAUUAUUUAAAACAAAUUGGACUGUAAUAGUGAAAUGUAGAGACUGUUCCUCAGUGAUGUAAUCAUUCUGUGGUGACAUUUAGCCCUGACAUUUUUUAUUUGGGUGAGAACUGAUUUAAAUUCUGUUAAUUGUGCUCAUGUGAGUGUUUACCUCAGACUCAGUGACAAUAGAAAUAGAAAUAAUCUUAAUAAUGGCAGCUCAGUAAUUAUUCUUGCACAAUUUAUGAUUUCCAGAGACAUGUUUUACACAUAUGUGUUGAGAUUGUUUUGUGUAAUAAAAACAGUCUUAAGUUG